GAAAAAUCCACCUACAGGAGCGUCCCUUUCCAAUCUUUACACACGGCCAGUUGCCUAUGAGCUGUCUCACUCGUAAACCUCUCUAUAUAAAACCCUAGCUUCAGACGCGCAGAAACGUUAUAUAUUCAUUUCUCUACUUCCCAUCAGGACAGCGAGUACUCAUACUCGAUCGAGCUAAAAAAACAGGAGCAAGCUAUAGUGAGUAGCAAGGAACAACGCCUGCACCUGCAGCAAGAAGCUACAGGCAUCAAUCAGAUCCAUGGAGUUGGAGGCCGCGGCGCAGGCGCCGAUGCCGAGGGAUGGCAGAAAGCUGGCAAGGUGCCCGAGGCUGCAGCUGGACGCCAAGACGGUCUCGGCCGUGGAGCAGUCCACGGGCACGACCAUCGGCGUCGCCGCCGACGCAGCAGCGGCAGCGGCCAGCCCGGGCGGCGCGAUGCGCGUCAAGAUCGUGCUGAGCAAGCAGCAGCUGAAGCAGGUGGCCGCGGCCGUGGCCGCCGGCGGCGCCUUCGCCCUGCCGCCCGCGCUCGAGCAGCUCGUGGGCGCUCUCAAGCGGCAGCACGCGAAGAAGCAGCAGGCCGCGGCGGAGCCCCAGGCGGCGGCCGUCGUCGCGAGGCGCAGGGGAGGACGGUGGUCGCCGGCCUUGCACAGCAUCCCGGAGGACUGCUUUCAGCUAGCCUGAUAACCUUUCUACUAGUUAGCUGCCUGCAAUGUGGUGUAGUCGUCGAUUUCCGUGUAUAGCUUUGCUGAUUUCUUUCUCCUCUUUCUUUUCGGGCUCUUGCAGCUUCGUUAAUUCCUGGAUUGCGACCGGUUUGGUUGGGCCAAAGUAGUGAAUGCCCGAUGGUUGCGUCCCAACUUUGAAAUGUCGUCAAUUUUAAUCUGACAUUUGGAUCCAAUAUUUCCUCCGCGCCCGAUCGAUCGAUGUACGUACAGUACCUCUGGACGAAUCAAUAAAGAUGAUUAGAUGGGGGGAAGAAC